UUUAUGCCCGAAAUUUAUUCUUCGUUGAAAUAUCGUCUUUGAAAUUUGUGUUCUAAUCCUCCACAUUCCAAUCAGUAUAAAAUGUAUCUCAUUGUAAAACAGUGUAAAAUAUUUUUACAUUUUAUAGCUUAAAAUGAUGCUUUGAAAUCAUUUUACUCUAUUUUACAACAGUAGCUGGGCUGAAUAUUGAUUUAAAAAAUGAAGACUGAAUCUCUUUCAAAGUUUUGGAAGUUGGCGUUAUUUUGCUCGCUGACAAUUGUUACUACAGCGAACAUAGUCUGUGUGAACUUUUCAAGGAUCGUUUUCCCCGGCGACUCGAGUGCGUCACUGUAUUACCCGUCGACGUCUGUGUUUUGCAAUGAACUGGCGAAGAUUAUUUUGAGCUGUGUGCUUUUACUUUAUGAGGUGAAGAGCUGCAGCAGAUUAAUGAGUGUUCUCAAAACGGAGGUGUUUGAGAAAUGGAGUAGUACCUUAAAAAUGGCAGUACCCGCAAUAGUCUACGUCAUUCAAAACAACCUCAGUUUCUUCGCUUUGGGCAACCUGGACCCAGCCACGUAUCAAGUUACAUAUCAACUCAAGCUACUCACAACAGCACUAGUUAUGCGCCUGCUAUUGGGGAAAAUCCUCACUAGUAAACAGUGGGGAGCUCUUUUUGUGCUUUUAAUUGGAGUUUGUCUGGUUGAAAUUGAGAAGUUAGCGCCUCAGGACAUGACGGCUGUCUCGAGGCAGAUGCUACAAACAGCUUCGGCAAACAAAAAGGACGAUAGUGUUAUUGGAGAGGAGAGGUCAUAUGAUUCACCUGCAGGGUCUUCAGUCAACGUUUUAGCGGGAAUCGCGGCUACAAUUGGAAUGACAUUCUGUUCUGCAUUCGCGGGGGUGUACUUUGAGAAGAUGGUUCGAUCCUCGCCCGCGUCUUCCUCUGGAGGGAAAGGGCUGCAACAGGGUGCAAUCAAGCUGAGUGAAUUGGGAGAGCUGUGGGUGAAGAAUAUCCAGCUGUAUCUGUUCUCCUGUAUCAGUGCUCUAGCUGCGUGUUUAUUACACGAUGGAGAUAAGAUUGCUGAAAAUGGAUUUUUCCACGGGUACAACUCACUGACAGUGGUCGUGGUGCUGAUUGGGUCGGCUGGUGGAACUGCAACUGCACUGAUGCUCAAGUACCUUGACAACAUCUACAAGAACUUCGCUUCCUCAAUGUCCCUAGUGCUCGCAUCAUUCUGCUCCUUCUGUCUCACUGGGCAGCUCUACGGUCCCAAAUUUUUCCUAGGAUCCUUCUUGGUAUGUUUGUCUCUCUUCAUUUACCAAUCUACUCAGAAAACACUGACCAAUAAGACAACUGUGGGAUCCAAUUCUGCAAACAGGCAACGAAACUUGCCCCUGCCUAUGUACAUGCCAAAAGAAGUCAUUUCGAAAGUGAUGGAGCAAAAUGAUGUUUCAAAAGCGUGAUAUUUAUGAUUAUGACACUCGUUUUGUUGAUUGUGAGAAGUUUUUAAAAAUUGCAUAUUGUAUUCUCAAAUCUCUAAACCGAGUCAAGUUCGUUUGCUCAGCCAGCAACCAUCUCAUCAAAAUUUUGAGGCAUGUGGCUGUUAUAACCCGUACGCUGUGAC